AAAUAUCAAAAGAUUAUCGAAAAUCAAAUGUCUCUCACUCUCACACCUAUGUAGGGAAGGAUUAUAAGGGACUAUCCUGCAGAGUUCAUGGUAACACUCAUUUGCUGCGCAUUUGUGACACUACAAUCAGCAAUUGUUGCUCUUGUUGCUGAAAGGGAUCCAAAUGCUUGGAAACUCAAACCCGAUCUCAAGUUGGCGACGAUUUGUUAUUCGGCAAUUCUUGUGGUUUCACUACGAAGUGUUGUUAUGACUUGGGCUCUGCGCAAGAAGGGGCCUGUGUUUGUUACAAUGUUUAAGCCACUUGACAUGGUCAUUGCAGUUGUCAUGGGAAUUACUUUUCUUGGGGAUGCCUUGUACAUUGGAAGUGUGAUUGGAGCAGCCAUAAUAGCUCUUGGAUUCUAUUCUGUUAUGUGGGGAAAAGCCGAAGAAGAGAAGGACAUCAAAGACCAUUCAAUAUGUAGUUUUGACGCAUCCUCUGAGAGAGUCCCUCUUCUGCAAAACAGAAGUAUUCAUGUAUAGAAGAAUGGCAAACGAUGAAAGAAGGAAAACAAUAAAUACGGAUUAGUACAUUGUUGUACCGAAGAGUAACAGUUUAGUCGUGUCAUGUUGUUUUUAUGUUAUAUAUAUACAUAUAUACACAUAUA